AUGUCGGAUACAGUACUUUAUCAAAAUAUAUCUACUGCGAGUCAACCUAUUUAUAAAGCUAUUAAUGACAUAGAAAUAUAUCUUUUAAAAAAGUAUAUUUUAUUAUUUUUAAUUGAACUUAAUUCUAAAAGAACAUCACAAGAAAAAAUUCAUUCAAUUUUGGUAUGUAAAUCAUUUAUUGAAGAUGCUAUACGCGAUAGUAGUAGUAGUAGUAGUAGUGGAAUAAAGGCUGAUGGUUUUCUUCCAGCACUUAUUUUUAUUGUAUUAAAAGGUGAACCA